AUGUAACAUAUGCAAUACCAUAUCAUUAAUGCUUGUAAUCUUUAAUCUAGGUAUGGCUUUAUUACCUGGGUCUAAAGGAUCAUUGUCAUGCUUAGCCAUGAUGGUGAUGGUGUUUUUUGGAUCAACAAAAGGAUUCAUGAGAAAAGAUAAAGAGAUGUGUGAAAACCAACUUAUACGGUUAGAAAGUUGUUUACCUUAUAUGGGUGGUAAAGUAAAGGUUCCAAGUAAGGAUUGUUGUAGCGAUCUCAAGAUAGUCUUGACUAAAAACAAGGCAUAUUUAUGCAACAUGAUCAAGGAAUAUAACCCUAGCGUUGGGUUCAAGUUCAACGAUACACUUGCGUUAAGCCUACCAGAUACUUGCAACAUGUCUGCCAAUGUCUUCGAGUGUCCUAGUCUUUUGCAUUUGCAACUAGGCUCACCAGAUGCUAAAGUAUAUGAAGAUCAUGCUAAAAGCACGAAGAGCAAAAAUAAAACCAUAGGUUUAUACCAGGUUGAACAAGCUUUAAACUUACAAAAUAUUUAA